UGCGGAAGUGGCUCUGUCAGUCGGGGCCGGAGAGCGAUGCCAGCACUUCCGGUGUGCGCUGCCCGGGCGGCUGAGGCGUGAGAGCGGGGUGCCGCCGGGACAGGAAUCGCUCGGAGGUGGUGGAUUCGGUUGGAAGAUGUGAGCGUGUAACAAGAGGACCCUGAGAACGCCUUCAUGUCUGUGCACUAGGACCUGAGAGCCCUUGUAAUGAAAUGGAGCCUGGGCUGAGCUCUUUCCGCGUCGAGUUUCCAGAUUUCUCCAACACCAUCCUGCAGAAGUUGAAUCAGCAGCGCCAGCUGGGACAGCUAUGCGACAUCUCCAUCGUGGUACAAGGGCAUCUGUUCCGUGCCCACAAAGCCGUGCUGGCAGCCAGCUCUCCGUACUUCUGCGACCAGGUGCUACUGAAGAACAGCCGCAGAGUGGUCCUCCCAGACGUCAUGAACCCCAGAGUCUUUGAGAACAUCCUCUCCUCCUCUUACACCGGACGGCUGGCGCUUCCCGCUCAUGAGAUCGUAAGUUACCUAACCGCGGCCAGCUUCCUUCAGAUGUGGCAUGUUGUUGACAAGUGCACAGAGCUUCUGGACGGGAACCCGACUCUCCUGUGUCACAAAUCUAACCUGAGCAGUGACCACCAGUCUCCCAGUAGCAGCAACUACAACGGUCUCGGCGAAAGCUUUGAGCUCGGAACCAGCACGCAGCCCGAUUUCAGGAAGGGCGAAGAGAUCAGAGACGGCGACAACGAGGAAGAGAGCCCGAAAGAUGACGAGUUAUCUUCUCAGCUCACCGAACACGAGUACCUGCCCAGCAACUCUUCCACUGAGCACGACCAGCUGAGUACGGAGAUGACCAGCCAAGAUGGCGAGGAAGGGGCCAGCGACAGCGCUGAUUAUCACUACAAUCGCCCUUUGUACAUGAAGCCCAGCAUCAUGUCCCACAAGCGUUGGAUCCACAUCAAGCCAGAGCGGUUCGAUCAGGAGUGUGAAGGAGUGGAUUUACAUCCACCUCUUGAAGACCACGUCUCGGAGUCCGUGAAUCCGGGGCAGGUGGAACCGUCGAUACAGUCUUCAGCUGUCGCAGACAGUUUUGACUUUUGCAAUAAAAAGUCAGCAGAACCGGAAGGACACGGUAACAACCACCGCUACGAUGACCACGUAGAUUUCUACGGAGCUUCAAUGGAGGAGUUUUCUGGAGAGCGAGAAGAACCUCUUGAGGGCCGCGGAGCAGAAAACACCCCAGGAGGCUUUGGGGAAGGUAUUGACAUUUCGGGGGGCAUCAAAGAGGAAACUUCAUCGUCUGGCUUCACUGCGGUUGUCUACAAACUUUACCCAUGUCAGUGCGGUAAGAGCUUUACGCACAAGAGCCAGCGGGAUAGACAUAUGAGCAUGCACCUGGGGCUGCGACCUUACGGCUGCGGGGUCUGUGGUAAGAAGUUCAAAAUGAAGCAUCACCUGGUAGGCCACAUGAAAAUCCACACGGGGAUUAAGCCGUACGAGUGUAAUAUCUGCGGCAAGCGCUUUAUGUGGAGGGACAGUUUCCACCGGCACGUAACAUCUUGUUCCAAGUCCUACCAUGCUUCCAAAGGAGAUCAAGCCACAAGUGAGAGCUGAGCAGGCCCAAACCAAGAUCUCGUCAGGCCUUAUUCCUUACAUCUAACAGUACAGUGAGAAACCUAUGAUCAUACCCCGAGGCCUAGCAAACACUAUAGUAGUAUGAGUAAGCAAUAAGACGGUUACGGCCUGCAGUCUGUAUCGGUCACGUAGGUUUGGUGCUUGCUACUGUAACACUGGAGACGCAAUGUCCGAUAGGUAAACGCAAUGUGCGUCAUUUAAGAAGAUCUCAAGAUGAAGCAAAGUAUAUUUUAGGUUAAUUGUUCUCUUUUUUUUUUACUGGUUGCAUGUGGAUUUAGGGAUGUUAUACCGUAGUACUAAAACUUGGCAUACAUAUGAUUUGCCUCCUUAAGCAGCAUGUUUAACGUUAUAAUGCCAACACGGGUAAAUGCUUUAUCCCGGUGUCGGCUCUCUCAUGUCUGCGUAGUCACCGUCAACAUCCUGACUGCAUCCCCCACAAAUUCUGUCUACACAAAUAGUAAACAGAGUGAAAUAAUGCCAUACUUCUACCUCUAUAUAUAUAUAUAUAUAUAUGGGCAAUUAUUAUUAAUUUUUUAUAUUUAAUUUUGACCCUUUAUCAGCCUACUUCUGCCAGGGGCUCAGAUUUCUCAGAUUACCAGCAUUCUUGGUACGGGGCACUGAGAGUUCUGCUUCCCCGGAGUUACCCUUUAAGUACGCCAAAAUACUACCAAACACAAAAUGACAAAAGCAAAAUGAAUAUAUGACCGUCGCAUGUUUAGCGGCAGAUCGGUCUAUCCAAAUGGUUCUUUAAUUUCUCUGGAAAGAUCCUUUUCUUCUAAGUAAUUCACUAAUAAAACCAGUUAGUAAUCUUCCUUUCAGGACGGUUAAGCAGCUCAAAUUAAACGUCCCUCUUAGGAUAGGAUCCUUUUUGGAGUCCGGGGAAAUAAGAAGACAUUGUGGUGACACAUUUGUUCCUUCUUAACACUAAUACGGCUGCUCCCAUGUCGGUGAGAUACUUGGUUUAUAUAGUACCUGCAGCGUCUUCAGUUUGUAUUUGGCAUCUGUUGUAUUGGCAUCUGUCUAAUGUUGCUUAAACACGUGCCACAACGUCACGCACCCUCUAGAUGCAAUUAUUAGGAGUCCAUAGCUUCUGUGCGUGUCUCUUAGGCCGUAGCUCUCUGUGCGUGUCUCUUAGGCCGUAGCUCUCUGUGCGUGUCUCUUAGGCCGGACUGUCACAUAGUAAUCAUGUAAAAAUAUAUAAACAAAAUCCUUCCAAAUAGGCCUUUUCCAUGAGUUGCAAUAGCAAGCACCAAACUCCCUGCACAGCUGGAACAUCUAAUCAUGUGUAUUGUCAUCCGGUUGUGUUACAGUCUGCCUGGAAAUCUCAUCACGCCCUCCGUGUAGGAUGAUCUGUUGUGUAAACGCAGACGUGAUCAUUAGAUGUAUGUGUUACCCCGCUUCCUUCAGGAUGGAGGAGACCCUCGAUUCAUCCGCACAUUUUAUUUUUAUUUUUGAAAAGAUUAGUUGCACCUACACCGUACGCUGCGGCGAGUAAAACCCUCUCUCUGCAAUACACAGUGGUCAUAUCCGCCAAUAUAUUUAAGAAUACAGACUUUUCGCUUGUCUUGCAAGUGCGUGACCUCGCCUCGGAUGACACUUGAGAAUACGUACAUACUGGCACGAAGACGUCCCUCUUCCAUGGCACUUUUUCAAACUUCUUUCUAAGAGUAGUGAGGCGUCCUUUGUGACUCUGGAGUGUUCCCAGUUCAGCACUUUUAAUCCGUUUCCUAUACUGUUACUAUUUCAGGGCAGCCUUCCCACUCAGCUGAGGCCGCUGGGAUCCACACCUCGAGUCUGACACUGAUUAGUAGGAACAAAAAUCACCUUAAUGCAUAUUUCUGUUACGCAAUUUCUCUUCUUACGACUCUACUAGCUGUGUCGUUACCGGAUAGCCCCUGCUAUGCCGGUUUGGUGCUGUCCAGGUCUAAGUGACUCGUCCUCACCAGUUACGUCCCUUUAAAUUUAGUAUUGUGCAGUGGUCUCGCUAGUGGUCCUUACUUGGAGUGCUGUACAAUCUGAAAUUUGUAAAAUAGUUCCUAUUUAAAAGAUGACCUUUUCUCGUCUCCUAUUUUUCUGGAAAUAAGCUGAAAUAUCGAUAGCACUUACUUGAAUAUUUUAUGUUUGUUACGACGGUUGUUUAAAGGUGUUUGAACUAUUGUAAAUUUUUAUAAUUUAAUUUAUACAGAAAGAAGAAUGCUUGUGUAACCGCCAUGGUCGCUGGAAUUACGAUAAUUGUCCUAUAUAAUAACCAGCGCAGACUUGUGGUGGGGUAACUUAUCACCCUUAUAUAAGCCACGUUCUUCCACCCACAGAUGUGCUGUAUAAACACAAAUAGCCAGCGUCUGGUCUCCAGCCUAAUGGCUCCUGCUUGUAGGAUUCUAUGGUCAGACCCUGAGACGUUGGUCAGCUGGCUGUGGGCUCUCUAGUGACCAUAAUUCUGCUCACAAGAGGUCACCAUUUGCCUGCACCAUCGCUGCAAGAGGGAAAAGAUACGUUUUUACUAGAACAUAUCAUUUCCCUUGAUGACGUAAAUGAUAUUUACACAGCAAUUUGAGUUCACUUAUGUUACGUGGCAGAGACUUUUUAGAUAAUGUGACUGAAAACCAACCUUCCUUUGGCUAAACUGACCACGUUAGGUGAAUCGUCUAAAUCAGUGGUCCAGUCCUCUUGUAAUCUCAACAAGUCAUGUUUUCUGGAUUUCUUUCAUCAUGCACUGGUGAGUUGAUCUACAGUAUAUUGCUGGGUCUGUAAUUAUGUAACCAGCUUCCACAGGCAGGAAUCCUGAAAACAUGACCUGCGCUGGGCACUUGAAACACUGGAGGCAUUUUGUGGGCUUCAUUAAAAGCAUUUGAAGAUGCAGCCCGUCUAUUUACCAGGGAGAAGUGGCAUCACUUGGUUCAGGUGAAUCGGGGUGGGUGCGGUCUCCUACAAAAUGGCCGCCUCUGCUGUGAAGGUCACAGGACUGAGUUAAAUACCGGAUCAUGCUAGCUUGGAAUGAUUGAUGGUGAUAUAAGUAGCGUUCUGAGCUUAGUGAAUGUUUUAUGUAAUGGAUGCCCUGUCCUGGCGUUGGAGGUAACUUACGGGCAAUGAUUGCAGCGUUACAGAUAUAUUGUAUUUACACAGGAGUCUAUGAAAACAAAGUAAUGACACGGUUUAUAUUUACUAGGUUAUUGUGCAAUGCCCGCGGCCACAUCACAGUCACACACGGCUUCUGUAGGGCAUUUCGGGACACUUGCUCCAAAAGUCCAAGAUUUAUGUAGCAUUCAUUAAUAAACAUCUAUGUGGCCUUUAUUUGAUACUGUGCCCGGUGUUUACCCAGAGCCGCAGAAUGCACAGCUAGUGGACCGAAUGCUUUGCCCUUCCAUAGUUCUGGUAGGCCAGUGACUGCAGCUCCGUUACAGCUCUGCAGUGACGGGCGCUAAGCAUCGCAGCAUGGAGGCACCAGGCGCUCUGCGACCGAUACAGGACCAGGCGCUCUGCGAACGAUACAGGGCCCGGCACCAGGCGCUCUGCGACCGAUACAGGGCCCGGCACCAGGCGCUCUGCGAUCGAUACAGGGCCCGGCACCAAGCGCUCUGCGACCGAUACAGGGCCCGGCACUCUCAUGCGCAGCAUUUGAGACUUUAUUUAUUUAGCGUUUGAAAAGGUCUAAAAAAAAAAUGUGCGCAUUGCGAGUAUACAAAAUCUAUUAUUAUUUUAUUUUUUUUGUACCAGGAUUAAGAAAUUCCAAUAAAAUCCCACUGGUGGCGAUACAAGACUGAAGCUAGAUCACAUGUAGUGCACAUAUCCCCCGUAGAUACAGUAGCCUAAUGUUGUGCAUUUUCCCAAGGGAGGUAUAAGGUAGGAGGCACCACGUAGGAGCGAUGCAGAGAGGCGCUGUAGGCAGUCACUCGCCGUCCCAAGCGCACAUCCGCUGUGUCGCCCCUACAUCGCAUUUCAUUGUGUAGAAUUAUCAGGCUCUAACAUUAUAUACUACAUGACUAGGGGGGAGAUUUACUGAAGCGUAAAUGGUGGUGUUGCCCUUAGUAACCGAUCAGGUUAUAGCUGUCAUUUCUCAUUUGCAGCCUAGAAAAUUAUAGCUCAAACCUGAUUGGUUGCUAUAGGCAAAACCACCGCUUUUCAUUUUAAGAAGCUUUAGUAAAUGUACCCCUAGGUCUGUGGAAACUAGCGUUUCAGGAUUAUAGGGGGUAAUUCAGGCCUGAUCGCUGGGCUGCGUUUUUUGUUGUCCUACGAUCAGAUAGGCACCACCUACAGGGGGAGUGUAUUUUAGCUGCGCAAGUGUGCGUUCGCAUGUGUAACAGAGCGGUACAAACAGAUCUUGUGCAGUCUCUGCGCAGCCCAGGAAUUACUCAGCCGCUGCGAUUGUUUCCUGUUGAUCAGGGUCGGAGUUGACGUCAGGAACCCUCCCUUCAAACGCUUGGGCACGUCUGCUUUUUUCCGGACACUCCCUGAAAACGGUCAGUUGACACCCACAAACGCCCACUUCCUGUCAAUCUCCUUACGAACGCCCGUGCGAAUGCAUCCUUCGCACAAUCACGUCGCUGACCGGCGAUCCGCUUUGUUCCCAUGCGACCUGCCUGCUCAUUGUAGCUCAGACGCAUGCGCAGUUCACAUCUGAUCGCACGCUGUGCGAAAACGCAGAGCAGCGAUCAGAUCGGAAUUGCCCCCAUAGACUCAAACAUUGGAGCUGCAAAUCCCGGAAGGGUAAAGCCGAGUCUUCGGUGGACUUUAUAUCAUAGUGGUCUUUGUUUGUUGCAGCAUUGGACAGUUUCUAUACUGUAUGUGUGUGUGUGUAAUGUACGUAUUGUAUUGUAUCAUAGCAUCAUAGGUGUCUGCACCGCUCACCCGAAGCCUGCACUGUUCUACACACAAGGUUUUUUUCUUAAUUUAUCUCAAUCUCAGCCUGAUAAAAAUAGCGUACAUUGUACAACAAUAUGAGUAUUGCACAUUUCUGGGAAUUUCAAACCCUGUUAACUCAAAACCGCACGUGAUGAAAAUGUAAGUGGGAGCCGCAGGUAGCCAUAGCGGGUGGGAGCAAAGACCAGCAAGUUUGUCUUCCCGCAGUCACCUACAGCGCGUAAAUCUUGGAACCUUGCCCUUAAGUCACCCCUGUCUUUGUAAUUUGUUCACGCCGUAUUUUCAUGUGUCUGGAUUGGCACAGACUGACGCCCAGCUGCAGUGCCCGUAGUCGCCGGUGGUGCCAUCGAUCACACCACCCUAUGGCAGGUACUGUUUCUCCAUUCAGGCAUAUGUGAGCGAUUAACCGUCUGCGUGCGUAGCCACUUUCAGCGACAUGCCCGUGGCACUCCCACAAGACGGACAGUCUUCAUGCGUGCGCUAAGCCUCCUAUCUGUCAACGCCCAAUACAUUUCUGUGCCUCUCCAACGCGCCUCAAUCACAACUGCGACCUUGCACUCGCAAUGCGACAUAGACGCGGUAAAAAGACAUCGACCCAUUGCAUCCAACAUCGGAAGUACGGCCUAACAAAGAAUCGUGCCCCCCAGUGUUCUCUCUGACAGUUUAUGUCUGUGAACUAUUGAGGCAUUUCAGUUGAGGCACAUCUCUUUUUUUGCUGACUUCUCACAUAUAUAACUAGUAAUGAUGGAACUGAUUUACUUUUGUGAGUGGCCACCUAACAGUACACAGACUAUGGGGGUAAUUCCAAGUUGAUCGCAGCAACAAAUUUGUUAGCAGUUGGGCAAAGCCAUGUGCACUGCAUGUGGGGCAGAUGUAACAUGUGUAGAGAGGUCGAUUUGGGUGGGUUAUAUUGUUUCUGUGCAGGGUAAAUACUGGCUGCUUUAUUUUUACACUGCAAUUUAGAUUUCAGUUUGAACACACCCCACCCAAAUCUAACUCUCUCUGUGCAUGUUACAUCUGCCCCACCUGCAGUGCAGCAUGGGGGGUUAUUCAGAGUUGAUCAUAGCAGCAAAUUUGUUAGCAGUUGGGCAAAACAAUGUGCACUGCAGGUGGGGCAGAUGUAACAUGUGCAGAGAGAGUUAGAUUUGUGUGGUGUACAUUGUUUCUGUGCAGGGUAAAUACUGGCUGCUUUAUUUUUACACUGCAAUUUAGAUUUCAGUUUGUACACCUCCCACCCAAAACUGCACAUGGUUUUGCCCAACUGCUAACAAAUUUGCAGCUACGAUCAGUUGUGAAUUACCCCCUAUGUCCCAACCUUUAGCAGAAGCCUAACCCAAGCACUUUGUAGUUAUAUGUUUGUACAGGGUAUGCCGGUAUGCUCUGUGCUGUACUCCUGGUACAGAAGAUAAGCUUAUCUUGUUUACAUAUUUAAGUAGUAGCAUUUUUUUUCCAGUGCCGACCUCAGGAGUGCGCAAAGUUGAUGAGUGAUGCACAUUUUGCAUUAUUUUUUAGGGACAUCUUUAAAAAAAAGGGGUGUACAGCUUCCAGACCGUGUGCGUGUAAAGUGUGUUACUGUGAUGCACCGCUUCUGUAGGGGGUUUGUGCCUUUAGUAUAUACAGCAGCUACGUCUGAUUAUACAGGCUCCCCGGCACCUAGACACAAUGGAAGUUGCCAUCUCGCGGGCUGUGCCACGGUUUGGCUGGUGCACUAGUAACAUCACUGGGGCACUCGUGACUCCGCGGCGUCUCUGGGUUCCUAGCAGAUCCGUGGGCUCCAUUUUGGGAAAUAUUGUUUCGGCCGCCGCUUCCUCUAUUUACAGGCCACAACGGGCCUGAUUCAGGACCGGCUGUAGUUGCGGCGCAUGCUGCAAAGUACAGAUGCGGGGAAGGGGCGAGGCCCUGAACUCUUUGUUGUUGCUGCUGCGGCGGCUGGCUUGCGUGACCCCACAGGUUACGCAGCCGGCUGAUGGUGUUGGAAAUGAUCCGAUACUGUGUCCUAGCUUGCUGUAUUUACUAACGUGUUAAGUUGUCCAAAACGAUAAUUUAAGCGUUUAUUUUGACUAGUCUUCCGUCGCAGUUGGCGUCGUGUUCCAUGUGCGAAAAGGUGUUAAGAUCUUGAACUACAAAUUGUACUUUCAUAUUUAUUUGUUUAUUCUAGUCCGGAAAUGGGGCAUAAAACCCGGCUACUGACGUCGCUGAAUACAUCUAGUAUCUGGGGUAUAAGAGUAAGAGGCUGAGCGCUGUGCCGUUCCUACAAGCAAACGUAUCUCGGAUAUACUGUACAUACACUUACCUGAGUCAGGGCUGGCAUAACCUGUGCAUUAUAUUACACUAACGUUCUGCGCUGGCAAUACAAAGUACACACCUACCCUAUCACAAUCUCAGUGCCGCGUCUUCAUUUGCAGAUUGGAAAUUCUGUAUUUUUUUUCUGGGAUUUUUAUUGGGGAAGAAAUCCUUUAUUCUGUGCUAGAAACUCGGUUAUCCCCCAAAAAGUGUCACUCUUUGGCCUAAAUCUCCAGCCGAAUGCUGCACUUCAUGCGUUUGCAAGCCACUAACGCAAUAUUAAAGGUUUUCUUGCAGACCGUAUUGAGAAUACAGGGCAGAUCAGUUACUUUGUAUUGUCUAUUAUUUGUGCCCCACACUAUCGCCAUCGGUAACUACCCACGUCUUGCUUGCGAAGAAAUGUGGAUUGUUGGCGUAGUCGCACUAUGAAUCCUGUGUUAGAAGUCGCAAUGAUGGCGAUCUGGUCUCAUCGGACAUUGUACCCGUCCGUGAUGGUGAGACUGGAUGCGUUUCUCGUUAAAUGAUAUUGCUGUCAUAACUGUACAGCUGGUUGGUGUUUAAUUCAAUGUCUUAUGUGUAAUUUUCUUCUUAUAGAAGAGACUCAAGCUGUUUUGUAUCGCGUGUUAAUAAUAAUAAAUGUUACCUGUUGACCCUGA